AGUUUGCCUGUCGGCAAAUGGGAGUUUUGACGUUAUCUUUUAUUAAAAAACCUAGCUCAAAUCGAAAACACUUCAUAGCAAACUUGAUUUGAUAAGACUCGCAAUAGAGCAGGAAACUUCCGCAGCAGCCACAUAAGCAAAUUCACGUAACAUCUUAAACAAACGCCGAAGCCGAAGCUGAGGCCGGCGUGCAAAGAACAAACACAACAACAAAGACAACUCAGACAAAAGCACUUAUUGACUGCCCACGGACAAUGGGCGCUCUGCGAUACAUGGGCUGGAUAACCGGUUGCUCGGUGUUCACGGCGCUUCUCUCGAUCAUCUGGCAGGCGUUUCUCACCCUGCAGGCGCUGAACAGAACAACCGUACUCCUCACCGGUCUCCUGGCCAUCGAGGGCGGCGUGAAGAAAUCCACCGACGAACCGGCACCCAAGGUAGCCGUAGGCUAUGGCGCCUGCACGGAUCUGCAAAUAAAUGCCACCGAGUUUCUGGAGACCUUCUACAAAAUGCGGGUGCCUGAGCUAAGCACAGACUUUGCGGCGAAGAAUGUGAAAAAUGAAAAUGAGUUUCUUCAAUCAUUUGCUUACUAUUUCAAGAACGGGGCCGCGGCUGAGCGCGUCAUAUCCAACAGCACGCUGUUCAAACAACUGAUAACCAAUGCCAAAAUAAUGGACAAAGAGCGCAUUCAGUGGUAUAUGGGAGGCAACGCCCCAUUGAUGGCAGUGCGCUUUGUCAUAGAGGGAGCGGAUGUGCUUCUAGGCGCACAUAUGUCAAAGAAAUUGCGACCUUUGCUGCCCAAGGAGAUUCGUCUGGCUGGUGAUGAGAUACCUGAUGAUGAUAUACAUCUUAUUCUGGAGUAUAAGGCCGGUGAUAAAUGGGGUCCAUAUGAGGCACCACGUGCCAAUCGUUAUAUAUUGCAUAACGAUAAGAACAAUCCGCAUUUGAGAGCGGUGGAGCAUCUGACGGACGCACUAAAGAAAUAUAAUCCGCAGCUGCUGGUGGUCAGCGGUCUGCAAAUGAUGGACAUGUUCAAGUUCAGUCCAGGUGUGCGUGAGGCACGCUUGCGCCAGGUGCAAUCCCAGCUGACCAGCCAGCCGCCAGGCACAUUGCAACAUUUCGAGCUCGCCAGCUACGUAGAGCUGGAGCUGCUGCAUCAGCUCCGGCAGUAUGUGCUGCCCUAUGUGGACUCCUUGGGCAUGAACGAACAGGAGUUGUCCAAUCUGCGACAGGUGCUGGAGAAUGGACGCACCACACUGGCCACCGACUGGAAUCCACGCAUUGCCAACACCCUGGACCAAAUGCGUCAGGUUUUCAUCAAUCUGCUGGAGGAUUACAAUGUGCGGCACAAGUCGGAUCCGCACAGGCGCAUGUUGUCCAGAAUGCACGUGCACACCCUGGCCUACCAGGCCAUCCUGACCGUAGCCAACUCGAAGUGGAAAAAUACAAGGGCUGCAGCCGCUAAGGCUGCACUGACGGCUCAUCGUUACGUCUGCAAAUCCCAAUUUAUCAAUCCAGAGGCGGUGACUCUUGUUUUGGACGACAGCUUCGCCACAUCAGCUCAAGAGCAAGCGCCUCGAAUGCGCAUCAGCGCAGCCAAUCCUGUGCCUUGCUGGCAGGAGUUUAUACAGUAUGGCGCGGAUCUGCAAAAAAUCGAAGUGGAGAUAUGCGUGGCGCCAGUGCUGAUAUGCCGAGUGGCCAAAAAGACAGCGGGAGCUGGAGAUAAUAUAUCUGCCUCCGGACUAGUGGUCCAAUUGUGAGGCCCUCAAAUGAACUACAAAAAACACAUAAAGCAAAAAAAGGAAAUAUGAGAUGUGAAGCAAUAACGAUGACAACGAUCAUGUUUGGGACCGGCAAGACUGCUUAGUAUUU